UGCUCCAACUGCGGAGCAACACAUACACCGUUAUGGAGAAGAGGGUUGAACGAUGAGUUGAACUGUAAUGCGUGUGGACUGUAUUGUAAAUUGCAUAAACGUCCCCGUCCCAAAACGAUGCGAAAUCAGCAUGGUGGAGAAGGUGGACGAGGUGGUGGUGCUGGAGGUGGAGCCCAAUGCUACAAUUGUCAUACAACGGCAACGCCUUUGUGGAGAAAGGAUGACGAGGGGAAGACAGUUUGUAAUGCUUGUGGUCUCUACUACAAACUACACGGAUCCGCGCGUCCCAUCAGCAUGAAAUCCGACGUGAUAAGGAAGAGAUCUAGACACGAUGCGCAUGCUCCACACGCGGCUCAUUCGGCGGCAAUCCCGGCUAACAGGAGAGGAAGUCUUUCUGGCGGAGGUUAUGGCUAUGGUGGUAUGCACUCUUGA